UCUUCAAGCAAUGCAAGGACUAAUUCUCGCAAUCAUCUAGGAUUCGACAAAUGACAGUUGCUAAACUUCGCAUAAUAACCGAAGAAUGCGCUCGACCACUCCUACAGAGCUCUUGCAAAGCGUCUACGCGGGAAUGUGAAAGCAUAGGCAACACGUCGACGAAAUUCUGUGCCACAUAAUUCAGCCGUCACAAAGCCGGCGGGCGUCUCGAAUAUUGCCGCCUCAACACUAUGACGAAGAAGGACGUAUACCUCCUCCCUCGGAUAGAUAACGCACUGGAGCGGCUCUACAACGCAAAGUACUUUUCGUCGAUGGACCUCAAGACGGGCUGAUGGAAAAUUGAAGUCGACGAGAGGGAUUGAGAGAAGACGGUCUUUAUCACACCUGAUGGCCUCUACGAAUGCAAGGAUGCCGGAGGCCAAGGAAGUGCUGGUGACUGGCGGCGCGGGCUACCUGGGUUCCUGCCUGGUGCCGCUGCUGCUGGAGCGCGGCUGGCGCGUGGCCGUGUACGACACGUUCGCCCGCGGCCUGGGCCCGCUUCUGCCGGUGGCCCACCGCGUGCGCCUCGUGCGCGGCGACGUCCGGGACGGCGCGGCGCUGGCGUCCGCGCUCAAGGGCGUCGACGCCGUGGUCCACCUGGCGGCCGUGGUCGGCUACCCGGCGUGCAGCCGCGACCCCGAGCUCGCCGAGUCCGUCAACGUCGGCGGCACGCGCACGCUGCUCGAACAGCUGUCGCCCUCGCAGCGGGUGGUGUUCGCCUCGACCGGCUCGUGCUACGGCGCCGUCACGGACGGCCUCUGCACCGAGGAGACGCCGCUGUCGCCCCUCUCGGUGUACGGCAGCACCAAGGAGCGCUCCGAAGACCUGGUCGUCAAGCACGGAGGCGUCGCGCUGAGGCUGGCCACCGUGUUCGGCGUGGCGCCUCGGAUGCGCGUCGACCUGCUCGUCAACGACCUGUCGCUGCGGGCGCUCCGCGACGGCGAGCUGGAGGUGUACGAGCCGGACUUCUGGCGCACCCUGCUGCACGUGCGCGACGCGGCGCGGGCCUUCGUGCUGGCGCUCGACCGCUACGACGAGGUGCGCGGCCGCGCCUUCAACGUGGGCGACGACACGCUCAACGUGACCAAGGCCAAGCUGGCGCGGCUCAUCUGCGAGCGGGCCGGCGGGGUGCGGCUGCUGCUGGGCGCGACGGGUCGGGACCAGGACAGGCGCGACUACCGCGUGUCGCACGCGCUCAUCCGGAAGGAGCUGGGCUUCCGAGCGAGCGUCUCCCUCGAGCAAGGGGUCGACGAGCUGAUCAAAGUGCUGCCCCUCUUGGCGCCCCACGAGCUGUGCUCGAACUAGUCCCUCCCCCCCCCCCCCCCCCGACAGUUCUCUCUUAUCGCUGCUAUGGCCCGAGCUGGUAUAUUUAAAGGCUCUAUCAUCGGCAGUGGGCUUCUAUUUGCACACGAGGUCAGAUUCAGUGCGCGCGUUUCCUUGGAGGCGUGACGUCAUGACCGUACAGGCUGGCAAGCCAAAAAUGUUUGGGCAGGACCACGGCGACUCUCCUAUUCUGCAAACUGUGGCUUGCAAUGAAAAAUUUAAAAAGAAAGCGUCAUCUUAUAUGGUAGUGAUAUCACAAUAAAAACGCGCAAGCUUCUUUAUAAAGGAAGCCUGUGUUGGUUUUAUGGUAUUUGGUCCGUGUAGUUCAAAGGAAGUGUCUGCGUGCGUUAUCGGCAACUCGAAACAGAAUUAUGGUGGUGGGCAUAAAGGCGCUGCUUUUGCGUUUCACCCACUGGUCCGUGAAUGCGCUGUUUUCUUGCGUGCUGUAUGUAAAGCCACGGGUGACAAAGCCGCGAAAUUUAUAGUGCUACCACAUUCGGUGCGUCCAAAUGUGAUAUUAAAUGCACGGUACGCAUUGAAAAUAAAACUGUGCUGAUUGCAA